AUGUCGACCUCUAACUUUUCCGCCUCUCUCAUGUUGGCGGGGAUGGACUACAUCGCCCCCUCAGAGGCGUGCACUCUCCCAACGAGGCUGCAGCGUGGCGCAGACAGCUCGGUCCAACGUCAUGCCUCCGGCAACGAGGUGGUGAAGAUAACACUCCAGGACUGUUUGGCUUGCAGCGGAUGUGUCACGACGGCGGAGACGAUUCUUGUUACUUCCCAAAGUCGUGCUGAAAUUAUUAAAGUUUGCGCUUCCGACCUGGACCGUCCUUUUCUUGUGACCAUCAGUGAUCAGUCAGCCGCCUCUAUCGCUGCCCACUUGAAGGUCGAUUCUCGAAGGGCCUUCCACAUCAUAAGUGGUUUUUUCCGCACCGUCCUAAAAUCCCAGUACGUUUCAGAUCUCCGAUGGGCUCAACAUAUUUCCGUUGAGAAGACAGCCCAGGAGUAUUGUCAUAGGCUACAGCAUGCGAGGGACAAAUUACCGAUGAUAGUAUCGGCCUGUCCAGGUUGGGUGUGCUACUGCGAGAAGCAGGGGUCUGCGAUUCUUCCGUUGUUGUGCCCGGUGAUGUCUCCUCAGGGCAUCGCAGGCUGCUAUGCCAAAAGGGUCUUCCCACAAUUAUGCCACAUCUCGGUCCAACCAUGUUUUGACAGGAAACUGGAGGCGGCGAGGGAUACAUCCAUUGACGGUAAUGAACGUUAUACGGAUUUUGUACUGAGCACGCAAGAACUUAUGGAAUGGAUGAUGGAAACGGACGCCUCUAUUCCCUGGGAAGCUCCGUUAAACUCCAGUUUUGAAUCCCUUUCUGCCCCAUCGCUGAAGGAAUCGAGUAGCGUCCUUGCGGCGACUAUGGAAGGAAGCGGCGGCUACCACCGUUUUGCGAUGCAGUACGUGGCUGAAAAUGUACAUAAUUUGUCAUUUUCACCAGUCGACAUUUUCUAUGAGAUGAAGCGGAAUGCCAACCAUCACGUGGCGACAAGCCCCAGCAAUCCCGGCGAGGUAUAUUGUGUCGCCUACGGAUUCCAACACAUACAAAACAUUGUACGGGGCCUGAAACGGAAGCUGGCAUCGGUUUCAUCCUAUACUUUUAUUGAACUGAUGGCGUGCCCAGACGGCUGUCUCAACGGCGGCGGUCAGGUGAGAAGUGGUAAUCUAACUUCUAACCUGGAAACAAUUGCCGCUGUAAAGGCCAUCUUUGGCAGUUAUUUGUUUUCAUGCGUGGGGCAGCGGGCCAGCGGGACUGAAUCGAGAAUGGAUGUAACGGGCGCUCCUGAUCGCAAGGAAGGUGAGCCGCUUUGCUUCUCCCUCGCUGCCUUUAGGGAGGUGGAGAAAAGGGUCGGAACGCCCCUCUGGUGCUGCGUUUUUCAUGAUCGUCAACAAGAAUUUGAGGCGACAUUGAACAAUGGGGGUGUAAGGAGCUUGAAGUGGUGA